CUUUUAUCCACCAUGUCUGAGCAAGAAACAGCCACCGCCCCCAUUCCCGUCGUCCCAGUCACCGCCAGUGCCGCAGCCCCUGCCUGGCCAGAGCUCACCCCCGAGCAUCCUCUCCUCCAAUUUCACUCUCGCCUCGCGACCAUCCUCUCUACGGCCGACCACUCUCAAAUCUGGGGCGUCACCCUCUCUGCCGCCACUCCCCCCGAGUUUAGCACUUUGCUCAUCUUGCAAAAAUAUCUACGCUCCGUGAGCGGUGAUGUCGAUGCAGCGGCUGCGGCGUUGGAAAAGACGCUCAAGUGGAGGAAGGAGUUCGGCUUGGACAAGCCUGAGGGCGAGAAGCGAGAGGAGUUUGGAAGUGAAUUCGAUGGCCUUGGAUAUGUGACCAAUGUCAAGACGAGUGAGGGGAAGGACGAGGUGGUUACUUGGAAUGUGUAUGGCGCUGUCAAAGACUUCAAGGCGACUUUCGGGGACUUGGAUCGCUUCCUCAAAUGGCGAGUCAACCUUAUGGAGGAAGCCAUCGCCCAUCUUCACCUCUCGGCCACCUCUACCCCCAUCCCCGACUUCUCCCUCACCUCUCCCCAAGCCGACCCCCACCGCAUCGCCCAAGUCCAUCUCUACGAAGGCGUCUCCUUUCUCCGUAUGGACCCCCACGUCAAAGCAGCAUCCAAAGCCACCAUCGAGCUCAUGACCGCACACUACCCCGAGCUUCUCUCACGAAAGUUCUUUGUGGGUGUACCGCUCGUGAUGAGCUGGAUGUUCCAGGCGGUGAGGAUGUUUGUGAGCGCAGAGACAGCGAGAAAGUUUGUGGUCAUCAGCUACAAGACGAAUCUUGCGGCGGAGCUGGGGGAGAAGGAUGGUGUGCCGGUGGAUUGUGGAGGGACGGGGCCUGCGUUGGCGGAGCUGCAAACGGCGUUGGUCAAGGCGGACCCUAUUCAAGUGUAGGAAAGGUACUGUCUUGAAAGCUUUGCUGCGGUCGGGGUGUGGAAUAACGUUUUCAUGUAGGCCCCAUUUCCCAGGCUUCUGCUCAAAGGAAAUACGAGCUCAUACCUAUCGCAGCUGUUCAUAAUGAAUGUCUGUCUUAUGGACCCUUUAUAUCUUCAACGCCUUCUUCAUUUCAGCCCAUGUAUUGAUCAAGUCCGACGCCUGAUCCUUUGGGGUCUUUUGGCUAGCGCGAAAUCCAUUGAUUCAACAAGCGGAUAUAAGAGCGACCAUAUUCACUCACGACCCUCAACUCACUCACCCCUCUUCAUUCGAUCUCAAAGACCACAAAACAAUCAG